AAAAAUACUCUCCAUGAAAAAGCAACAACAUUGAAAUAUCCGUCCAAACACACCUCGUUACCGUCGCCCUCACCCUAAAGACAACACUGCAACUUAUAUAGCAAUAACACUUCUAACUAAACUCUCCAAUCCUCAACCAUGGCAACCUCGGCGUUCGCCAACUCACUUCUUUCUUCUUCAACAUCUCUCGCUCAUGGAGUUUUACCCUCUACUAACAACAAUUUCUUGCUUCCAUCUCGGGUUUCAGUCUCUAAUCCCAGAUCUCAGAAUCCGCUGCUCUCAGCCCAUUUCAAGCUGAAGGACAAAGCCAAUUCUAGCUCUCUCGUUACCUUUUGCUCUCUUGGUGCUGCUGCUGCUAAUGAUCCGAAAGAAGAGCAGAUUCCCAUUGAACUCAAGUAUCCUGCGUAUCCCACUGUGAUGGACAUCAACCAGAUUCGUGAGAUUCUACCUCACAGGUUCCCAUUUCUGUUGGUGGAUAGAGUAAUUGAGUACAAUCCUGGAGUUUCAGCUGUUGCCAUCAAGAAUGUGACGAUAAAUGACAAUUUCUUCCCUGGUCAUUUUCCAGAGAGGCCCAUUAUGCCUGGUGUUCUUAUGGUUGAGGCAUUGGCACAAGUUGGUGGUUUAGUCAUGCUGCAACCAGAAGUUGGAGGUUCUCGUGAGAAUUUCUUCUUUGCUGGAAUUGACAAAGUGAGAUUCCGGAAACCAGUGAUUGCAGGUGACACCUUGGUUAUGAGAAUGACACUAAUCAAGCUGCAGAAACGCUUCGGAAUAGCAAAGAUGGAGGGGAAAGCUUAUGUUGGAGGUGAGGUAGUUUGCGAGGGCGAGUUUUUGAUGGCUACUGGUGGUGAAUAAUCUGUGCUUACUACACUAUUUUCUACCAUUCAGUAGAUUCUUCAUGGUUUCUUUUUUCCUUGAAAACACAACAAUCCUUUCUAUGAUUUCAAUCCCGAGUUGCUUUUCUUGGUGCUAA